UCUGAUACCCCAAUACUUGUUACAGCAUUCCACCGCGCACGACUUACCUGGCCUGUCCUCCUGCGGCAGAGAGCGAAUCAGGCUCGUCCCUGAUAUUCCCCGAUUUGUGUUUGACCGGAGGACAAUAAGGGGAACACAUACCAUCCAUAAUGCGCCGAAAGCCAGUCCCCAAUCCGUUGUCCCUGGCUGGCGAUUCGGAUUCCUUGGGCCAGCACUCCGCUUCCAGUACCAGCGCAAGCGCCCCUACAUACCCAGAUCCCAAUGCCCUGGGAACAGAUCGACCAAGUCCGCAUCCUACACUGAGGAGUGAGCCUACGCUUCAAAUUACCUCCCCGACGCCCUCUAAGUCGCCCAAGUCGCCUCGUUCUCCCUUUGGGAAGUCUGGCACAAGCACGCCUAGCAUAUCUCAGACACAGCAGUAUCAGGAUUGUCCUGUUGAACCAAUCCAGCCGCUGCAAUCUCCCGAAAGCGUACAUGUUGCUCAACAUCGACAACACCAAUCUCCUCAGCGCUACGAGCCAGAACUCCCGCCCUUAACUCUCCUCCCAUCCUCCAACACCGUAUCAACCAUUGCGGACACAUGUUCUCGUCCCGAAAACGAGAAGCACUCGAGAAGCGGGAGUCGCUUUUUCGGCUUUGGGAAGUCGUCUAGAUCUACCAAUCAGCUUUAUCAUACCCACACGGACAGCGCAGGGACGCGUGAGGCUAUGUCCCGCGGCACGGAGAACACCGCCAUGCCGGAUAGAGUAUCCAGUAAAAAUUCUAAAAAUUCAGACCUAUCGUCCGCUGAUCCCUCGAACCACAAAACAACUCCUUCCUUGCCAUCCAGAUCUGAUGUUUCAUUGGCAUCCACUAAUGAACAAGAAACCAACUCAUCGAAAAAGAACAAACCCAAACCUUUCACGCUUCUGGGUCGUAAUAGGUCGCUGAAGGAUAACGAUGGUCAUAGCCCAAAGGAGUCGAUUACAAUCACAUUACAUGAGGCUGAGCGAGACCCAUCCCCGGCAGGCCUGCAGCCUUUGAGAACAGCCCCCAUGAAUCCCGAUGGCUACGAGAGGUCUUUUAGAAACAUGAUGAAUUCGACUAUACGUAAUCAUUCCGCCGACCGUGCACUUCCUCGAGACGUCCUAGGGAACAAAGAACACCGACACGAUAAAGACUAUUAUAGAAGCCACCCUUCCUCUUUUAAGGACAGUAGUAACAACAACGGUUCAACAUUUCUCAACGGUCUAAAAAGUUCCGGUAGCCGAGCAGCAGAUAUGAUCAGCAAAGGAUUAUUUGGGAGAAGCGUCCGUAGCGCCAGCACGUUAGAUAAAGAUAUGGGAGUGGAUGACGAGCAUUACAUUCUCAAGGUUAUUAAUUUGCCAUUGGUCGAACAGACGCGGUUGACGAGGAUAUCUAAGAGACUUGAAGAUUCCCGGGACAAGACAGAGUUUUGGAUGCCCGCUUUCCCCUGGCGGGCGAUUGAUUAUCUCAAUCUUAAGGGAACCGAGGUUGAAGGUCUCUAUCGUGUGCCUGGGAGUGGCCCUCAGGUUAAGAAAUGGCAAAGGAAGUUCGAUGAAGAAUACGAUGUCGAUCUAUUCGCGCAGAGCGACCUUUAUGAUAUCAAUAUUAUCGGUUCGAUGUUCAAGGCCUGGCUCCGUGAACUCCCCGACGAACUAUUCCCAAAGGAGGCCCAAGAGCGAAUUUCCCGAGAGUGCGCUGGCGCCGUGGAAGUACCCCAGUUGCUGAUUGAUGAGCUCUCCAACUUGUCACCGUUUAAUUACUAUCUCCUCUUUGCCAUCACAUGCCAUCUCAGCUUGCUUCUCGCACAUUCCGACAAAAAUAAGAUGGACUUCCGCAAUCUAUGCAUAUGUUUUCAACCAUGCAUGAAAAUUGACGCCUUCUGUUUUAAGUUCCUUGUUUGCGAUUGGAGAUUAUGUUGGCAAGGUUGUAGGAACGAGGCUAGAUAUAUCGAAGAAGAAUAUCAGUUAUUCCAACAACCACUGCCUCGCGGAUUGAGCUCGUCAGAAUCUCAGAGCCAUAGCGGGGGCGAUACCCACGAUGAUCAGAAUCUUUCUUCGUCCGAGAGCAGUAAAUUAUCGGCUCCCCCAGUCGAACACCACGGUGGGAAAAUAAAAAAGAAGCCGGUACCAGUGAGUCAGCCAAAUGGAGGACUACCUAUAUCGAAGUAUUCAACGUCGAAUUCGUUGACUGUCAACGGCGAGCAUGAUACGCCUGUACGACGAUCCGGGGAACGAGAACUACGACCGCUGUCGCCUAUCAAGCCUCUUUCCCCAAUGAACUUCUCAUAAUUAAGGAGUGAUUUAAGUCGCGGUAUACUGAACUGGAGAGUAGGAAUGGGUUGAUCCUGAUCUGAUGAUAGC